AUGGAGCACAGGAUUGACCACGUCCAGCCAGAACAGGGGCGAAAUCCGCACCCUGUCAAUGCUUUGAAUGACAUAGGGGCACUACAGAGAAUGAUCAGGGAAAUGAUGGAGCCUGAAGCUAGAAGAGGAGAUACCUCUAUCCCAAGGUUUCAAGGUGAAUCCGAACCUAUUCCAAUAGAAUGUCAAGAAGACUGGACUAAAGAGUAUGAAGAGGAGCAGUUAGACUAUGAACCAUCUGUAGAUGACCAGAUUGGACUUCUCGAAACAGAAGAACAAGAAAACGGGACAGAAGAGUAUGAGGAAGAACAGAUGAAGUAUGAUGGAGAACUAGAUGAAGAAACUAAGGUUUUGGUGCAGAAUUUGAGAGUUUAUUGCAAGGUGAUCUUGCCAGAGAAAUUCAAGGCGGCAGAAGAACAAGAAAACACACUGGAGGGAAAGUUUUGA